CCUACCUUAUCUCGUCUUCCUUUCCCGCGUCCAUGGCGAUGGCUGCUGCUGCUCCUCACGCUCCAAUGGCCGCAGCGGCCGCCUCGGCCAACGUACCCAUCACCUGCUCAUCCUCCUCUUAUGAAGACGACGAAGGUGCCACCUCCUCCUGGUCGCUCUCCUCCCCGCACCGCCGGCCGUACCGGCGCCUCCUCCACGACGAGGCGCAGCGGCUCCGGCGCGCGCGCCGGAGCCAGGGCCCGGGCGCCGACACGCCGCGGUGGGUGCGCCGCACCACCGACCAAAUGUCCCGGUACGUCGAGGACGACCGCGCCGGCCACGUCUACGGCCGCCACGUGGACGCCGCCGUCCGCGCGGUGCGCGCCACGGCGUCGCGCCCCUCCGCGGACAUGCGCCUGGUCAUGGCGUCGUUCGUGACCAAGCUCACCUUCCGCGAGAUGUGCGUCGUCCUCCGCGAGCAGCGCGGCUGGCGCCAGGCGCGCGACUUCUUCGCCUGGAUGAAGCUUCAGAUGUGCUACGAGCCAAGUGUGGUUGCCUACACCAUUCUGCUGCGGUUGUAUGGCCGGGUGGGGAAGAUCAAGCUUGCCGAAGAGACAUUUCUUGAGAUGCUCGAGGUUGGCUGUGAGCCUGAUGCAGUGGCAUGUGGAACCCUCUUGUGCGCAUACGCCAGGUGGGGGCGGCACAAGGACAUGAUGCUCUUCUACUCUGCCGUGCGCAGGCGUGACAUAGUUCCCCCAAUUUCAGUUUACAAUUACAUGAUCUCAUCUCUGCAGAAGCAGAAGCUGCACUGCAAAGUUAUCCAAGUGUGGAAGCAGAUGCUGGAGGCUGGCGUUUUGCCAACUCAGUUCACAUAUACAGUUGUCAUCAGCUCCUAUGUCAAGGAAGAUCUCUUGGAGGAGGCCAUGGGUAUUUUUGGUGAGAUGAGGCGGUAUAGAUUUGUUCCGGAGGAGGCGACUUAUAGCCUUCUGAUCAGCUUGAGCUCCAAGCAUGGUGAAGGAGAACAGGCGUUGCGGCUUUUUGAAGAGAUGAGAGCUCAGGGGAUUGUCCCCAGCAACUACACAUGUGCAUCUCUCUUGGCACUGUAUUAUAAGAAUGAGGACUACUCAAAGGCACUUGCCCUUUUUUCUGAGAUGGAAAAUAACAAGAUUGUUCCUGAUGAAGUUAUCUAUGGGAUUCUUAUUAGGAUAUACGGUAAGCUUGGGCUUUAUGAGGACGCACAGCACACAUAUUCGGAAAUUGAGAAGGCGGAUCUUUUGAGCGAUGAGCAGACUUAUGUGGCAAUGGCUCAAGUUCACAUGAAUGUUGGACAUUACAAUAGAGCACUGGAGGUGUUAGAAUCUAUGAGGACGAGGAAUGUGAAGCCUUCGCACUUUUCUUACAGUGCUCUUCUCCGAUGCUAUGUUGUAAAGGAAGACAUGGCCGCAGCAGAAGAUAGCUUCACAGCUCUCUCCAAAUAUGGCCUUCCUGACGUGUUUUGCUGUAAUGAUCUGCUCAGGUUGUAUAUCAGACUGGGCCAUCUAGAAAAGGCCAGGGCUCUAGUACUGAAGAUGAGACAAGAUGAUUUCCAGCUUGAUGAUGACCUUUAUAUGACAGUGAUGGAACUUUAUUGCAAAAGCAGUAUGAUUGACGACUCAGAGAAAUUAUUCAAAGAGAUUCAGAGAAGUGGAAAACCCAUGAAAAUUCCAACAAUGCUUUCGCUUAUAGAGAUGUAUGCUAGAAACAGAACCAGGGGUAGUCAGAAAGAACAGAGCCUGUCAAAGGCGAUAGACGAAACUGAUAGUUCAGCAGCUGGCAGGGCAUUGAAAUUCUUGUUGGGCAUGCCCGGGGGCAUGUCCAGCGUGUCCCAAUUGAUAAGCAAAUUGGCCAGGGAAGGGAGUACAGAUGAGGCAAAAUUCAUUUAUGACCAGCUAACUGAAAUGGGAAUCAAGCCUGAUGAUUCUGCAAUAGCUACUUUGAUUGUCCAAUAUGGUCAGGCAAAGCAGUUAGAAGCAAAAGAACUGUAUGAAUCAGCAUCGGCAUCAUUUCCAGGAGUAGCACAUGUGUACGAUGCCAUGGUUGAUGCAUUCUGUAAAUGUGGCAAAACUGAGGAUGCAUAUCAUCUUUUCAUGGAAAUGGCUGUUCAAGGCAAUAAUAGAGAUCCUGUGACUGUUAGUAUUCUUGUCACUCACCUGACUAAGCAUGGGAAAUUUCAAGAGGUUGAAAACAUUGUACAUAGCUGUUUCCACGAUGAAGUUCAGCUAGACACUGUCUUGUACAAUACUUUUAUCAAGUCAAUGCUUGAAUCAGGUAAACUGCAUUCAGCCGUCAGCAUAUAUGAUCGCAUGAUAUCCGCUGGCAUUUCUCGGUCCAUGCAGACAUUCAAUAUAAUGAUAAGUGUUUAUGGGAAAGGAGGAAAGCUGGACAAGGCUGUUGAAAUGUUCCACACUGCACAGGAGCUAGGCUUGCCAAUUGAUGAAAAGAUAUACACAAACAUGCUUAACUUAUAUGGAAAAGCCAGUCAGGUAGGCAUCAGGAGGCAUCUUUACUGUUCAAAAGAAUGAAGGAAGAUGGUAUCAAGCCUGGAAAGAUCAGCUUCAAUUCCAUGAUCAACGCCUAUGCCACUUCUGGACUGCACGGUGAGGCGAAGAAUAUAUUCCAGGAGAUGCAGGACAGCGGUCAUGCUCCCGACUCUCUCUCCUAUCUCGCACUGAUCAAAGCAUACACAGAGGGUAAAUGCUACACGGAAGCAGAGGAAGCCAUCCAGAUGAUGCUGAACAGUAACAUAACCCCAUCCUGCCCUCACUUCAACCACUUGAUUUCCACCUUUCUGAAGGAAGGCCGCAUCAGUGAUGCCCAGAGGAUCUACAACCGAAUGAAGGAGAUAGGUGUGGCUCCUGAUCUGGCCUGCUGCAGGACCAUGAUGAGGGCAUAUUUGGAGCAUGGUCUCAUUGAAGAGGGUAUCUCACUCUUUGAGACGACGUGUGGAUCUCUGAAACCUGACAGCUUCAUGUUGAGCGCUGCAUUUCAUCUGUAUGAGCAUGCAGGCAGGGAGUCUGAAGCCGGGAAUGUCCUGGAUGCAAUUAGCAUAAAUGGUACCGCUUUCCUGAGGAAUCUGAAGGUUGGAUCAAAGCUUAGAUCAACCGGAAGGACUUAAACUGUAAAUGUAUACCUAAAAGACCGUACAUAUAUGGCUGAAAGCCAGAAUAGCCCCCUCCUUUAGAAGAACACAAGACUGAAUGGUCUUUUUGGGAAUCAAACUUGCCAGCCACAAAUUGAAUUGAAGAACGGAAACAAAAUGAACUCCUGGAGAUUCAAAGCUCCCUUGUACAAAUAAUAUGAGGAAUCUAACAACAAAAGUUUGCAUCUU